AAGAGCCAAAGCUGAGAGCCACUCGGGGGGGAGAAGGAGAAAGAGAGGAGACAAAAAGUGAGUGUGGUAAAAGGCGGUGUAGUUUAUUCACACCUCCGGGAGUGUUUGUGAAAUCUCAGCGUCAAAUCUGAGCUUUUUAACCCGGCGUGAAAGUCAGCAGCAGCGGGGCGGAGUUUCGGGAGUUUGGCCGGAGUGCGGUUGAGUUUUUGUGGUUGACAGCAACCGGUGUACGUGUGUGUAGAUGUGUGACAGCGGAGUGUGUGAGGACAAGCCCCCCGCCCCCCCUGUCAGGAUGAGCAGCCAAGGAGGAGCCAAAGACCCUCAGUCAGCCAAUCACAGCUCUCGGCCGCUGCCGUCUGUACCGGAGGAGAGGAAGAGAAACAAGAUCAUCUCCAUGUUUGCCUCUGAGAAAGCAGGCAGGAAAAAGGACCGGGACAAGGACAGGCCUGAGAUCUCCUCCCCCUCGGACUUUGAACACACCAUCCAUGUGGGCUUUGACGCUGUCACUGGAGAGUUCACUGGCAUGCCAGAGCAGUGGGCCCGUCUCCUUCAAACCUCUAACAUCAGUAAAUCAGAGCAGAAACAAAAUCCACAGGCCGUCCUCGACAUUCUCAAGUUCUACGACUCCACCAGUGGAAAACAGAAAUACCUCAGUUUUUCCGCCUCGGAUAAAGACUCUCAGUCGCCAGGCAAGCAGGGUACCGCGACCUCCCAGUCAGUUGGCAAGGAUGGCGACGAUGAUGACGACGACGAUACACCACCUCCCAUUGUGGCACCGCGGCCAGAACACACAAAAUCAGUGUACACGAGGUCGGUGAUAGACCCAAUCCCAGCUCCAGAGGUAGAUGCAGCCUCCAAGGCAGCUGACAAACAGAAGAAGAAGGGAGGAGGCAAGAUGACCGAUGAGGAAAUCAUGGAGAAACUCAGAACUAUUGUCAGUAUCGGAGAUCCUAAGAAGAAAUACACUCGCUAUGAAAAGAUCGGCCAGGGGGCAUCUGGAACAGUUUACACAGCCAUAGAUGUUGCAACAGGACAAGAGGUGGCCAUCAAACAGAUCAACUUGCAGAAGCAGCCGAAGAAAGAGCUAAUCAUCAAUGAGAUCCUGGUCAUGAAGGAGCUGAAGAACCCCAACAUUGUCAAUUUCGUAGACAGUUUCCUUGUAGGCGAUGAGCUUUUUGUGGUGAUGGAGUACCUGGCUGGUGGUUCUCUAACUGAUGUUGUGACGGAGACGUGCAUGGAUGAGGCUCAGAUCGCCGCUGUGUGCAGAGAGGUUCUCCAGGCUCUGGAGUUUCUUCAUGCCAACCAGGUCAUCCAUAGAGACAUCAAGAGUGACAACGUACUGCUGGGAAUGGACGGAUCAGUCAAACUCACCGAUUUUGGCUUCUGUGCCCAGAUCACACCAGAGCAGAGCAAGCGCAGCACCAUGGUGGGGACACCAUACUGGAUGGCUCCAGAGGUGGUGACCAGGAAAGCCUACGGACCCAAAGUUGACAUUUGGUCUCUGGGCAUUAUGGCCAUAGAGAUGGUGGAGGGAGAGCCUCCAUAUCUCAACGAGAACCCUCUCAGGGCUUUGUAUUUAAUUGCCACCAAUGGGACCCCUGAGCUGCAAAGUCCAGAGAAGCUGUCUCCUGUCUUCAGAUCCUUCCUGUCCCGCUGUCUGGAGAUGGACGUGGAGAAACGAGGAUCGGGCCGAGAACUGCUGCAGCAUCCUUUCUUGAAGCUGGCCAAGCCUCUGUCCAGUCUUACCCCCCUCAUCCUGGCAGCCAAGGAGGCCAUGAGGAGCAACCGCUAAAUCCCUCUAGUCUCUAAAGACUAAAAGAGCUUACGCCAGUGACAGCCAAACCAACCAGCAUCUUCUACUGGUCUACGUGUGACGGUCAUCAGCGACCUGCUAGUGUUUUUGUUUUUUAAAAGGGUCAUAAAGUGCCUCUGGACUCUUCCCAGUGUUUCUGUACUGAUGCCAGAUUAAUCGUAUCUUUUGUGCCUUGUUCUGAAGCCGCAUGCAGCCAUAAUGUGUUCUCUGUCUCUUGCGGCCAUAGCAUGUGUGUGUUGUUGAUGCUGACACUGGUUACUAUGCAUUUCAGGAACACAGGAUCACUGUUGCAAAUGUUCAAGACUCUUUACACACUAAGGAACAUAUUCACAAAGGUUUUUUUGUCUUUAUCUUAAGACCUGGUCACAAAGCUGCUGACAGCAACUUUUCCUGAGAAAUUGAGGAACAUAGAUUUAGCUGAAUCCAUAUUACAUAGUCGUUCAAAGCAAAUGGGCACCAAACUAAAUGUAACAGCUGUGGGGCUCUUUGGUUUUGUUGCCAGCACAGUCAAUCAAAUCUGUUAAAAUCACAGGAUGAAGCCUUUUUUUUUUGGUUUUAAAAUCAACACAAAAAUAGCUAUGGAUGUUUCUUUUUCAUACUUUUAACAUUGACUGUUGCUUUUUUUAAAUAAUAAGUAUUACUGACACAGCCUUUUAUUUCUCAAAGAAACAAGGAGCACACCGUUGCUAGUGUCCUUGUAUUUCUAUACUAUAUGAGUCUUUGUACCUGAAACUUUACAUGUUAAUAUUAGAUAAAAGCCCUCUGGUGGCAGUUUAGGGUAUCACCAAGAUUUAAGGCACAUUAUUAGCUCACAUUUUUAACUUAAAAUGUUUUGCAAAAUCUUAAAGUAUUAAACAUUCUUUGUAUUAAAGAGACAUGAUCAAACAUUUUCAUCAUUAGGAUAAAGAUAGUGAGGAUCCUUGGUGUAUGGAGAUACUUGAACUUUUGCAACAUGUUUCUAUGGUUGUUGCUAUGGUUACUCAUGUGUUUUGUGACAGGGUCCAAUAAUUGAGAAAGUGUACUGUUGUCCAGCAUGGGACAGUGCAGUCCUGUGUGCAGUGGAAAAGUUAGUCAAGUGUCCUUGUUUGACCUUUUAUCUCACUGGAAAUGAACCCAUUUCAGUAAGGGGAUGGGAUUUGUUUGUUUUUUUCAGUCUGCUUUUAUACAUGAAACUUUCAAUUAUUUUAUAAUUGUAGAUGGAAAAUGGGCAGAUUUCUUUUGUUAAGGGUGUUACCAGUAACCAAAACACACACUAGCAUUAAUCCAGCGUCUUUCACCUCCGCUAUCAAACUAUGCAAACCCAUCUGAACACUCAGAUGUUCUCUGCAUGAAACGUUUCCUUAAACCUUGAACUUUCUCGAACACUGCACCUAAGAGCCACAUUUCUAUGACCGUGAUGUUUCAUUUAAAUAUCCUGUUUGUCUUUAGCCUUGCCUUUUGCAAGAGACGCCUUACUGUCGGUGCAUUGGUGUCAGUACAACACAAAUACUGCGUGAAGCUGUCUGUCUGAAUGUGUUGGAACUGGAGAAAGACUUUGCAUUUUUUUGUAUAUUAUGUAUUGGUGAUGUCUUGUAUUUUUAGCAGCUUUUCAAAAGUAUGUAUAUCAUUGUUUUAUAUUUGUAACUAACACAGCAGAAGACAAUUUUGUUUUUUUCCAACGUGUUUAUAUGUACCAUUUUAUCUUCAGUUCCCUGAUCUGCAUAAUUAUGGACUCCAAACCAUAAAAUGUUUUGAUAAGCCUGAGACACUCCAGUCAGACCUGAGUCGAUCAGUAUUUGGAAAUGAUUGUUUUAGCCUGCUUUGGGUACCCAUUGAGUUCCAAAAUUAAAUCAUAUCUAGUUUUCCAGCAUGUUUAGACAAUCACUGUAAAGCAUUUAAAACAUCUUAUUGAAUUUGUUCUUAACAGAUGUAUGAUUCAGUGAAACACACUCAUACGGUACUCAACAGGUUGACACAAAUACAGACUGCUUCCAAUAUACUAUUGACAGGCUGUAAUGCAUUAUUAUGUGACCAGAAACACACAUUCCAGUUAGAUGUGUAACGUGAAUGAUUGAAGAUUUUAAAAUGAAUGUGCUGUUGUUCAUUGUGAAACCAAAUCAACACAGUAUAUAAAUUAUUAUUAAAAAUGGACUUAAAUCGA